CGCGAUGUGCGAAUUUCUAAUGCCUUCGUCAUCACGGAUUUGCACAUCGCAAUUGAACUGAAGAAAAAAUGAAACACAAAUAGAAUCAUGUGUGCUCCGUUUAUCUACUCGUAUAGUGUGCCUUCUCAUCCAAUCUAAUUGAUCUGAUUUAGUUACAUAGUUCAAAAUGAGCAGCCGUGAACAGGCAAUUCAGCAGGCAAGAAAGACUGUCGAGCAGCUUCGAGGUGAACGCAAUAUGCGACGAACACCGGUGUCUGCAUCAGCUGCUGAUUUGAUUAGGUUUACGCAAGAUCUCCAACGUGAAGAUGUGUUGGUGACCGGAUUUCCUAACGAUAAAAUGAAUCCAUACCGUCCCAAAAGCUCGUUCCAAUGCAGCCUGAUAUGAGAGGGACGUAAUCACACUCACAAAAUG